GCUCCCCUGAGACUUUGAAACUCCCUGACAACCAACACCGAGCGCUCCACAGACAAGACCCACGACCCACGAACCCCACGCGCGUGCACUCCCUGCCCUGUUUGCGCAUCCGUUCACUACCAACACUCGCUCCUGACCGCCUCGACCGUCGCGCCGACUCUCGCGCCUCGCACUCGUCGCGCCUGCCGGCUGUUGCUGUUCCGUGCUCCGUACACAGCCUCGCCUCGCUGCACAGGCAAACAUCGAAGACCACUCUACCCACCAGCCUACCGCCUUCCACCAUGGGCUUUGGCGACUUCAGCACGCUAUGCGCAAAGGCGUCGAUACCGUUGUGCGCCCUCGUGGGCCACCAGGAAAUAAAUGGCGGCGCCGGCAUCCAAACAAAGUGCUACGCCCGCACUAUUGAGAUUGCAAACACGCUCAUCUUCCAAGCCGCGAAUGACUUCAUGCACAUUCUGGCUCUGGUAAUGACUGUCAUUAUGAUCUUCCACGUCCGUUCCAAGUUCACCGCUGUUGGUCGCAAAGAGAUCACGUCCUUUUUCUACAUCUAUUUCCUCCUGACUAUCGUAUCGCUUAUCCUUGACGCCGGUGUCGCUGCCCCCGGCUCUGCUGCCUAUCCCUACUUCGCAGCAGUGCAGAACGGGCUCGUCUCCGCUCUCUGCACCAGCUUGUUGAUCAACGGAUUCGUCGGUUUCCAGCUGUACGAAGACGGCACAACUUUGUCUGUCUGGCUGUUGCGCUUGACCUCUCUGGCUAUGUUCAUCGUCGGCGGUGCUAUCUCUCUCCUCACCUUCAAGAACUGGGCUGGCCUCGAUGCCAAAAACCCCAUCGGCAUCUUCGUCAUCACCUACCUCGUCAACGCCAUAUUCCUCUUCGUCUACCUCGUCUGCCAGAUCAUCCUCGUUGUCGGCACUCUAGAGGACCGCUGGCCUAUGGGCGACAUCGUGUUUGGCGUAUUCUUCUUCGUCAUUGGACAAGUAAUACUGUAUGUCUUUGGCGACACCAUCUGCGACGGAGUACAGCAUUAUCUCGAUGGGUUGUUCUUUGCGACCAUUUGCAACUUGCUCGCAGUCAUGAUGGUUUACAAGUACUGGGACUCGAUCACCCGCGAAGACCUUGAGUUCUCUGUUGGCGUUAAGCAGCACAAUUGGGAAGUCAAAGAGCUUCUGCCAGAGGAGGACAAGCGCGGUACCGUUUAUCAGGAGUCCGAAUACGCGUCUUCGGUUUAUCAACAACCGUACCCUCGACACUCGCAGUACUCCAACCUGGGUCACUAAGCGACUGUCGUUGGCUUACUUCUAACGUUACCUUUUGAAUUAUUAAGCGAUUUUUUAGCAUGAUGCGGAGUUUGCGGCGCAUUUGGGCCUGAGUGCUAGACUCAUAAUUUGCGGCAAGAGGAGGGAGUGUGAAUAAUGUUGUUUGGAUCAGCGGGAACAUGAGGAAUCCAGCAAACCCGGAAUUCGGACCCAGUGCAAGACCACAUUUGGACACGCGCUUCGUGCUUUCCUACGGCCAAACCUUGACGACUACCAUAUCUUACAUAGUACAUUAAUUGUUGAUCAACUGCGAAUACGCAGGUACCACAUUAGACAUCCAGAUUCAAAUGACACGCAAUAUUUUCGUGACAAGCGCAAGUUAGAAUACAGACGCUGCCGUUUACUUUCAAGAAUGUCACACGUACAGCUUAUGCAUUGUGUGCCUCGAGACGAGUCGUCCCUUCCUCCUACGAUAAGCGGGCAAAUCG